AUGGACUACGCAUUCCGCAUCGUCAACAGAAGAGAUGCGGAGCCGCAUAUUCCAUUUGGCAAUUCCUACAUUCAUCGAAAGCAAUAUAGACUCACAGAUGUGAUGGAAAAGGCACAAAAAGUGUUUGACACAUUGACAGCAGGAGCUCAGGCAUUCGCGAAUUUUGAACCAAACUUUGAAGAAGAAAGAAACCGAUGGGACUAA